ACAGCUUAGUGGGAUGGCUAGCUGUUUAGAGGUCUGGAAGUAUGUUUGAUCAUCAAAGCAAAUUACUAACAAAUGUCUAGUCUGUAUGGCACAUGGAGAUUCUGAGAAUGGAAAUCUUCUCUGCUGGGCUACACAUUGUCACCUUAUCCUUUUGAUUUAAAGGGUUAGCAGAAUUAACUAGGAAUAAGAGGCUUUCUGUGAAGAAGUGUGAGCUCACAGGACAUUGUUUCUUCCUUUUAUGAAAUGAAAAUUCCAUAAAUGACAGGAAAACGAUUCCAGAGAAAGGAAGUCAAGGAACAUAGACACAAAAUAUUUUCUAAUUAAGCAGAAAUGACUACAGGAUCUAGUAGAUGGCAGGUCCUUCCUUAAUCACGCAUCUUUCAUUUUUAUACCUAGUGUGGGAAGUAGACUGGAUCAACCUGAAUUAGCAUCCUCAGAGCUAGCUUUUCUGUGUCUUUUUCAACUAGGCCAAGGCUUCUGACUGUACACAACAGAAUUAUUUUCAUGAUCUGAUAAAGACAGUGGAUAUUUCACUAGUGCUGCUGCUUUGACUGCAUGACUUUGCCAGACAACAAACUAAAGGUUAACGUUGAAUACAUCAGCUAGACGGAGGAGACUGAACAUUGAUGUAUGCUGUCCUGCCCUCUUUUUCUACCAAUGGCUAGAUACGAUGGCUCUGCGAUAGGUGUUGGUGAGUUCCUGGUGUAUAUGAAGGUUACUCUCCUGCUUGUCUGGCUGAAAGUAUUCCUCUUCCUUCCUGGAUGGCCCCAGCUUGGGCACUCCCAAAGACUUGGCCCCCCAGAAGUGGUGAUUCCCCGGAGGGUAACACCCACUGGCAGAGGCAUGAAGCUUCAAGGCUGGUUCUCUUACAAACUGCAUUUUGGGGGCCAGAGACAUGUUGUUCAUAUAAAGGUCAAGAAGAAUUUUUUGUCCAAAAACUUCCCAGUGUUCACCUACACAGACAAGGGCGUUCUCCUGGAAGACCACCCUUUUGUCCAGGAUGACUGUUAUUACCGUGGUUACGUGGAGGGGGACCCAGAGUCUCUGGUUUCCCUCAGUAACUGCUUCGGGGGCUUUCAAGGAAUGCUACAGACAAAUGACAUUGUUUAUGAAAUUGAACCCAAAAGGUUUUCUACUGCAUUUGAGCAUCUAAUAUAUCAGCUAGACAAUCAGGACACAAAUUUUUCAUACUUUCGAUGUGGGUUAACAGAUGAAAAAAUGGCAGGACAAUUGAAGAUUCAAGAAAGCAUUAAUUCCACUUUGAUGCAAAGUGCCUAUACAGGCUGGUGGACCCACCACUAUUUUCUUGAAGUGGCAGUGGUCGUAGAUCACAGUCGAUAUCUUCAUCAUAAAAGUAAUGCUACGCUUGUGCAGAAAGAAGUGUUCCUUGUUUUAAAUGCAGUAAGUGACCUUAUGAAACCACUGGAUCUUGAAGUAUUUUUCAAGGGAAUGGAGAUAUGGACUAAACAAAGCCUUAUUUCAGUAGAAGACAUUAUAAGAACCUUGGUGAACUUUUGCACCUGGAAGCAAAAGGGCUUCCAUAAUCGUGUGCCCCAUGAUGUGGCACAUUUUUUUGUAAAAAAGGAUUAUGGUGAGGAUUUUGGCCUAGCUUAUGAUGCACAGGCGUGUGCAGUUCGUUUUAGCUGUUCAGUUGAGACUUUCCACGAUGAAGGGUUUUUUUUUUACUCAUAUAUUGUGGCUCAUGACGUGGGUCAUAAUUUGGGUAUGCGUCAUGAUACCGCAACAUGUCAUUGUGGAGCACCAAUGUGCAUAAUGUUUGAAGAAGUAGAAGCAACAACUAAAUUCAGCAACUGCAGCUAUGCUGAUUAUUGGAACGUUGGUCGUAGAAGAUCCUGUUUGUACAAUAUACCAAAUCCACACACACUCGUGAGGGAGGCACGCUGUGGAAACAGUUUUGUUGACGAAGGAGAAGAGUGUGACUGUGGAUCCUUAAAGAUGUGUAACACUGAUCCCUGUUGUCAGUUAAACUGCAGUGUGACAGCUGGUAUUAACUGUGCUUUUGGGAUUUGUUGCCAUAACUGCAUGUUCAGGAAACCAGGCACCCUGUGUAGGAAAGUAGAAAAUGAAUGUGAUCUUCCAGAGUGGUGCAAUGGGACAUCCAAUCAGUGUCCAGAUGAUGUGUAUGUGCAGAAUGGGGCCUCCUGCACAGGCGGUGGUUACUGCUAUGAAAAGAGAUGCAAUGAGCCCAAUGAACAGUGUAGGCAAAUCUUUGGCAAAGAGGCCAAAAAUGCAAACGUAAGUUGCUACAUGGCAAUGAAUACGCGAGGUGACCGUUUUGGUAACUGUGGUAUCACAGAAAACUCAUACGUAAGAUGCAACAUGGCAGACAGCCUGUGUGGGAGGAUACAGUGUGAGAACGUCAAAGAAAUUCCUCUAAUGAGUGAUCAUACUACUCUGCAUUGGACUAAAUUCGAUAAUAACACUUGCUGGGGUACAGACUACCACCUCGGGAUAAGAAUAGCUGAUAUUGGUGCAGUGAAAGACGGUACAAAGUGUGGUCCUGAAAACAUCUGCAUCAGAAGGAGGUGUGUCUCUUAUUCCACUGUGCCACGUAACUGCUCGCCUCAGCUCUGCUCUUUGAGGGGAGUCUGCAACAACAGACAGCACUGCCACUGCCACUAUGGGUGGGGCCCUCCCGUCUGCCAGGAAAACGGCACAGGAGGCAGUGUGGACAGUGGCCCAGCCCCUGAGCCCCAAACAGAAGAAAGGGUGGAAAAGAGGAACCUGCUACCAUAUUUCCUGAUUCCUUUUUUGUUUCUACUACUGUGUCUGUUUCUUUUGCUUUUCCUAUUCAUGAGACCAAAAAAGAAAGAUGAAAAAGAAGAGGCUGUUCCACCAACAGCCUCUGUUCCACCACAAUCUGCGAAAACUUCGCAAAAACUACCUAAAAACUAGACAUGUUACGGCUUCACUUAGGAUGUAAGCACAGAAUAUUCUAACUUCACCUGAGGAAGAAACACAAAAUGUGCCUACUGAAAAAAACAACAAAGAAGGAAAAACCAAUAGCUCCUAUUUCAAGAGACUGCCCAAGCCUAAUGAUCUUUCCCAAGUAUUAGAUUGUAAUCUCCUGGAGUAACAAUGUUAUAACAUUUGUCCUAGAUCAUUGGCAGAAAAUUCCAACUUUUUCUAAUCAUUUGGGACCAUAAACAACCAGUAAACAAAAUUUAC